AUGAACGAUCGCCCUGCUCCGUACAAUGGCCAAGGAGAUCCCGACAGCCAGCCUGGCGACGACUCUCAACCUGAAUCUGUGCAACGCACGCGAGCCACGUCAAAUCCAAAUGGUCCUCUCCGCUGUUAUGCUCAUGUGUCCGAUGAAGACCCCCAGAGUCCGUGGGCGGAGAAGACCGUACUUGCACUGGAUGGCGGCGGCAUUCGUGGCUACUCUAGUCUAUUGAUCCUUCAGCAUCUUAUGUCCAAGAUUGAAGACUUAGAGAAAAACUGGACUGGGGAAGAAGGUCCAGUUGAAUCGAGCUUUGAAUAUCCUUGGAGAGAGAAGGAACCUUCGAAGUCAGGCUUUAUACCCUCCACCAAUCAAUUUUAUCCAUGCCACUAUUUUGACUACAUAGCAGGGACUAGUACUGGAGGGCUUUCUGCGAUCAUGCUUAGUAGACUGCGUAUGUCUAUAGAUGAGGCUUUGACCCAGUAUACCGAAUUUGGCAAUUCCGUCUUCGGGCAGCCACGAUGGUUUCAUGAGCGCUCAUUGUCUUAUCUUCCAAGGGCGAAGUAUCCAUCACGAAAAGUGCGAGGCGCAAUACUCAGAUUGAUUCACGAGAGGCUUCUCCUGAAAAUUUACAACGCAGGGAAAUGGCAAGCUCAGCACGAGAGUUUCGCCUCUCGAGACGAUCAGUCGAGAACCAUGGCUGUUUCGUUCUCCAAAGACCCAGAAGAGGGCAUUGAUCAGUUUUACCUAUUUAGAUCGUACUCUCAUAAUAAAGGUUCCGCUACGUCAGAGCACAGGUUUCGCCCUAUGAAUCCAGGACCGGCUCAUAGUGGACCACUUUGGGAAGUUGCCAGAGCUACAUCUGCAGCCCCAACUUAUUUCGAAGCUAUUACAUUCAUGAAUCGAAAAUUUUUAGAUGGGGGAUUGGGUGCCAACAACCCAGGAAGAAUUGCCUUACAGGAGGUCUGCCAAAUGCACGCACCGCACCGGCCCGCACUACUCGUCAGUGUAGGCACAGGAGUGAAAAGGGACAAUCGAGCCAAAGAAAAGCCGAAGAAGCGUGAUCAAGCUCGCGAUCUAUUUAAAAUCGAUCGACCAGACAAAGUCCCUCGCAAACAAGGCUUGCAAAAGUUGAUGGAGCUCACUCAUUUCAUGAAAGAUUUCACCACUGACACAGAAGUGACGGAAAACGACCUCAAUUUCACCGCCCACGAAAUGCAGGUUCCUUACAGGAGGCUUAAUGUAUCAAAUGACCUUGCCACUUGUAUUCCUCUUGAUGACUGGCGUCCGGCCCAAUCCGGUCAGAUCACUCUUAAUGCGAUCAAAGACUACACCAACGAGUACCUGAAGCUCCAAACGACACAAGAAGACCUUACUUACUGUGCACAAGUGCUCGUUGCCCGCCGACGAAGGCGAGCCAUAACCGAGCGAUGGGAAUGGUUCGCAACCGAUAUCAAGUACCACUGUCAGGCAGAGGGCUGCCUUGGCAGCCCUCUGUCGCAGUACAAGAAAAGAGGAGAGCUCCGGAAACACCUCAAGCGCAGCCACUCUCAUGAACUGACCCUGGAUCCGGAUGACCUUGAAGCUCGCCUUGAUGACGGGCGUAUCCUGACAGAACCUAAAAAAAAGGAGACCGAGAAUGGAGCAGAGAAAUCCAACCACGCCCCGCAAACAAAGCUGACUAAUGGACACUCGAAUGCAAAUCCGUGA